AUAAUUACCAUACAAUAAAUUACACAUCAUCAAAAAUAUAUUUAAAGAUAAAUUCAGUGCUUACCGAGAAUAAAAAGUGCAUUUUUUAUUUUAAUUGAAAUAGAAAAAUUACACAAAUUCAAUAUAAACCAUAAUUUAAAUAAAAUCAUAUUGGAAGAAACAAUAAUUCAUAAAAACAAGUGGAGCAAUCAACAACAACUGUUACAUUUCUCGUUAUAAUGGCAACAAGAGAUAAAACAUUGGUUCUGUUUGAUGUUGAUGGUACAUUAACCGCAGCAAGAUCCGUUAUAAAAAAAGAAUUUGAAAAAUUUCUGAUCGAAAAAGUGAAACCACUUGCUCAUAUUGGACUUGUUGGUGGUUCCGAUUUUAAUAAAAUUGCUGAACAAAUGAAUGGGGACGAUGUAAUCCAUAAAUACGAUUAUGUUUUCCCGGAAAACGGUGUUAUUGCUUAUAAAUAUGGUGUUGAACUUGAAAAUCAAAGUGUACAGAAAUUUCUUGGUGAAGAAAAGUUACAAAAAUUUAUUAAUUUUGUUUUAAAAUACUUAUCAGAUGUUUGGCUACCAUGUAAACGAGGUACUUUCGUUGAAUUUCGAACGGGAAUGUUGAAUAUUUCACCAAUAGGGCGUUCUUGUAGUCGACAAGAACGUAAUGAUUUUGAAAUUUAUGACCGUGAACAUUUAGUUCGUCAAAAGAUGAUUGAUGCAUUACAAAAAGAAUUUCCUGAUUAUGGUUUGAAAUAUAGUAUUGGAGGACAAAUUAGUUUUGAUGUAUUUCCCAUAGGAUGGGAUAAAACUUAUUGUUUAAAACACGUUACUAGUGAUUCUAAAUUUGAUAAAAUAUACUUUUUUGGUGAUAAAACAGACUUUGGUGGAAAUGAUUUUGAAAUAUUCAAUGAUAGUCGAGUAAUUGGACAUAAAGUUAUCAAUCCAGAUGAUACAAAAGUAAAAUUAGAAAAGUUAUUUUUACUUUAAUAAUAAUAAAUUAAU